UUCAACUUGAACCGCAUUUCGGUCUAUGGCCGCGCCGUCGCGAGGGCGGCGGCAAGCCGUCCAGCUGAGUCAGGAGGAAUACAAAAAGGCGUUAGACGACGAAGCACGACAGAAACUGGCGGUCAAGUCUCGAACCAACCACCAUCCCGAUAAACGAACCGACGAUCGAGCAGAUGACGCGUUGCCGCCGACACCAGUGGCGCCAACUGGACGUCGACGAGUAACUCAGCAUGUGUCGCAGGAAGAGUACACGAAGGCCUUGGAGGAGCAGAUCCGGUUCAAACAAGUACAUACACUGUAUCAGAUUAUGAGAUGGAUAUCGCAGGAUCUAGGGCAUGUGAAGCGUUCGGGUAGUAGAUGCGGGACGAGGCCGAAAUAAACGAGCGCAAGGGGCGACGGCCACCUCACGUGGACGCGCCAGCUGCGAGUGGCUCCGGCGACUCGCAAGCGACUGCAGCAACUUGCGCUGCAACAUCUACAGAACCAAGCACCAACCAACGCCCUGGCCGGCGACGAGUACACCAAGUGCCCCACAACGAAUGGCUCGAGUCGAUUCAGUCGCAAAUCCAAAGCAAACAACCACAACAGAUUGCACCUAGUACCAUCAACACAGGGGACAACCACCCGACGGACGGGCGCCGGACGGCCAAGCUGUCAAGGGAAGAGUGGAUCCGGAAGUUAGAAGCAGAAAUUGACAACGACCAAGCCGGCCAUGUCAGCCACCAACCACCUCCGCCCGCCGUCCUUCUCGCUCCUGCGGUCGUUCAAUCCACCGAGCUACCGUCCAUAGAAAUAUCACCACCCCCACAGCCCCUCCAUGAGGAUGAUUCUAUCGGCGAAGUUGCUGAACCUUGCGAAGCCGUUGAGAUGGAGGAUGCCCCCGAAGUCAAUGAAGACGACCAUGUCGCCUCUCCAGUCGCCAAAUCUUGUCCAACUGAGUUACCUGUCCAGAACAGCAAGAAAGCUAACACAGUGCGGAAUAAUGACAAAGCCAAGUCGAAAUCGGACAAACAAGUAAUACGUGGACGGCAAAAACCACUCAUGGGUGGGACAAGUCGACUGAAACGAGAGGCAAAGUCCAAGCGAACGAGCGAUCACGAACACACGACAAUACCCCCUCCGAACGGACGAUCGAGCAAGCCACCGCUAGCAACCGCCACACGACGAUCGAGGGACGACAGCAAACAGUAUGAUCAGGAGCCAGCCGCAACCGCAUCCCCUGGAAAGCUACACAACAACAUGGCUCUAGCGUAUGAAGCCAUCUUGGAGCAAAACGAAGAGAUGAAGCGCCAGUUGGCAGAUCAAAGUCAAGUGCUACAGCUCAUUCGCCAGCGCAUGGAAGGCCAGCCACUGCCCGUCGCCCCCGCAGCCCUGGUUACAGCAAGCGGCGGGGCGGCAAUCGCUAAUGAAAGCUCCGCCAAGUUACCACGACGAACCAACAAUGACCGCAGAAGCAAACUCGUUCCUCCUGGCACCAUAGCACUGGCCCACUCCACUAAGCCACGACUGCCUUCCAUAACAUCCACGGCGGCACCAACCCCCGACCGAGAACACAGAACCCAACCGCAUCAUUCGUCAGCACUGCUCCCCCCGCUCGAGCCCCCUCCAAGUUCAACGGUACGAGCUCAAGUACCCAACACCAUAAACACAUCCAUCGUCGCGCUACUGGAACGACAACCAGCAUCGCCCCCUAUUAAAGCUACUCGAAGCAGUGGCUUGCCAAAGGAUGAUCCAGUUCUCAACGAAAACGCCAAGGCGACAUCAAGUCGUCAUCAUCAUCACCCCAAAAGUGUCAUGCUGACAUCUCAUUGCAAUCCAAUAACGAUGACGUGGCACGACUGCGAUGAAUUGGGGCAAACUGAACCGAGUACGUUCCUGCCCGUGCUGGCGACAUCAACUGUCGACGAGCGGGAGCUGGUGGCAGACUCUGUGGAUAUGCUCCUCGAAUCCAGCACGAUGUUGCCAUUGCAUAUCCGCCCGUCGGUUGUUCGAUGAGCUUUUUUAACUUAAUGAUAAUGGCUCGAGUGACCAGAGCUACUACUAGCUUCGAUGGCCUUGAGCUUGCGUUCUUUCUUUUGUCGAAACGUUUCGCCCUUUCGCUUGCGCACGCGCGUCCGCGGUGCCAAUGAAGCCGAUGGACGCUCGGUAGUUGCUCCUGCACCGUCCCUGGACAGCUGGCACGUGAUGCUUUGGCCCAAUAUACACGGAUUCUCCAUGCCCGUGACCGCAUUGAUGGCUCGUUGGGCGGCGUCGGCCUUGGAGUAUGUGACAAAGGCAAACCCUGGUGGCUUGCGAGCGAUCCAAAUGUGUCGGAUCACGCCGAAAGGCCGGAAGAAGGCCUGGAGAUCCGUUUCGUUGGCCUGUGACGUCAAGUGACCCACAUAUAUCCGACAGCCAACGUCGUUUUCAUAGGAUUCUACAGGGGUGGUAUCUGGUGGAGGGAUAGCAAUCGACGGCACAGGGACAUUAGCGACAGCACAGGAGGUGAUGUUUGGUGCUAGCGUCAACGCUUGCCCCCGCUCAGGCGUGUCUGCGGCCAAUAUAGCGGUUGGCAGGGACGCGGGGUCUGCCGUCGUCAAGGGCGGCUCGGGCGUGGUGGUGCUCGAGGUUGUGGUGGUGCUCGAGGUUGUGGUGG